AUGGCCACCAAUGGCAACUCUCCUCUGGCCUUUUCUCUCUUCCUAUCACUUCUUUUGCUUCUAGCCAUAUUAUCAUCUGGGUCACACAUUAUCACGGGCGAUGGCUUCUCAAUCAGAGAAGCAACCAUUGGCGACCUCCAACUCGCUUUCAAGCAAAACCAACCCACCUUGAGACAACUCGUUGAGUUCUACAUUGGAGAGAUCCGGAGACUCAACCCGGUCCUCAAUGGGGUCAUAGAGGUGAACCCGGACGCUCUAUACCAAGCCGAUAAGGCUGACCACGAGCGCAGGGGGGCCAAGGCGCUUGGCUCGCUCUCUGGGUUGCAUGGCAUUCCUAUGUUGCUCAAGGAUAACAUUGGAACAAAUGAUAAGCUAAACACCACGGCUGGCUCGCUCACGCUGCUUGGCUCGGUUGUGCCUUGGGAUGCCGGCGUGGUCACCAAGUUGAGAGAAGCUGGGGCAAUUAUAAUGGGAAAGGCUAGCUUGAGCGAGUGGGCUAAUUUUAGGUCGCUCAAUGCUCACAAUGGAUGGAGUGCUAGAGGUUGCCAGGGCAAGAAUCCUUAUGUGUUAUCAGCAGAUCCUUGCGGGUCAAGUAGUGGGUCAGCAAUAUCAGUAGCGGCAAAUUUGGUAACCGUGGCGGUUGGGACAGAGACUGAUGGGUCAAUCCUAUGUCCAGCCAGUUUUAACUCGGUAGUAGGCAUCAAGCCGACCGUUGGGCUCACCAGCUGAGCUGAGGUCAUCCCAGUCUCUCCUAGACAAGACACUAUCGGGCCCAUCAGCAGGACGGUUUCCGAUGCUGUUUAUGUUCUUGAUGACAUUGUAGGUUUCGACUACAAUGAUGGAGCAACAAGGGAUGCAUUAAACUAUAUUCCACACGGUGGAUAUAAACAAUUUCUGAAGGCUUAUGGGCUCCAAGGGAAGAGAUUGGGAAUUGUAAGGAAUCCCUUCUUCACUUCUGGCAGUGGAUCUCUCCUGGCUAAAGCUUUUGUGCAUCAUUUCCAGACUAUAAGGCAAGGAGGUGCAGUUUUGAUAGACAACUUGGAAAUAGCCAACGUUGAUUUUAUUUUGAAUGCCACAUUGAGUGGGGAGGCAACAGCAUUGCUAGCUGAAUUCAAACUAUCCUUGAAUGCGUAUCUAAAAGAUCUGGUGGCUUCCCCAGUGCGAACUUUGGCUGAUGUGAUAGCCUUCAAUGACAAGUUCUCUGAUUUGGAAAUGAUCAAGGAAUUUGGGCAAGAUAUAUUUCUGGCAGCCCAAGUCACAAAUGGAAUUGGCAAUACAGAGAAGGCAGCAUUGCUUAAUUUGGCAAAGCUGUCCAGAGAUGGGUUUGAGAAGGUGAUGAAAGACAACAGAUUAGAUGCAUUGGUGACUCCUGGUGCAGAUGCUGCUCCUGUUCUUGCAAUUGGAGGAUUCCCUGCAAUCAGUGUCCCAGCAGGGUAUGAUAGUAAGGGGGUGCCUUUUGGCAUAUCCUUUGGAGGACUAAAGGGCUCAGAGCCAAAGCUGAUUGAGAUAUCAUAUGGUUUUGAGCAAGCUACUAAGAUUAGGAAGCCUCCAUCAUUUAAACCAUGA